CCUGGGCUCGUGGAAGGGGCGGAGCCGGGAUCUCUCCCGGUCCUAGAGGAGGCGGAAGUGCCAAGCGAGUGCGGGGCCAAGGACACUUACCCGCUGACCCUGUGCACUCAGGUAGAGGCGGCGGCUCCGGGUCCCGGUGGUCCAGUGGGCAGCUCCAGAGGCAGGGCCCAACCCGGGCCUGCGAAGAGCUCUACACUUCUCACAAGCUCCCAGGAGACGCUGGUGCUGCUGGGGAUGGAGCACACUUUGAGUGGCAAGAUGUGGGCAUCGGCACCUGGAGAAGGGAGGCAGCUGUCCAGGAGCCUCAUGGCUGCUCAGUAGGUGAGCCAGAGCUAGAACCCACGUCUGCUGGCACCCCUCCCAUCCUGUGACUUCGAAGGCGCUCCGAGGGCGACACACUCCCCAGCCAUGAACUACGUGGGCCAGCUGGCGGGGACCGUGUUUGGGACGGUGAAGGAGCUGUACCAGGGCCUGAACCCGGCCACCCUGAGUGGUUGCAUCGAUGUGCUGGUGGUGGAGCAGGUGGACGGCUCCUUCCAGUGCUCGCCCUUCCACGUGCGCUUCGGCAAGCUGGGUGUCCUGCGGUCCCGGGAGAAGGUGGUGGACAUCGAGAUCAAUGGGGAGCCCGUGGACUUGCACAUGAAGCUGGGGGACAGCGGGGAGGCCUUCUUUGUCCAGGAGCUGGAGAGUGAUGAGGAACACGUGCCCCCCCGCCUGUGCACGUCACCCUUACCUUGGGGAGGCCUGUCUGGGUUCCCCUCGGACUCCCAGCUGGGUACAGCCAGCGAAUCCGAGCCCAUCAUCAUGGGUGUGGCCUCCACGGGAAGGAAGAAGAGGCUUCGUAGGAGGAAACCCAGGUGGAAGGAGGACACGGUGGCGGACGAUUCUAGUUCUGAGGAGCUGGAGGCAGGUGCUGAGAGUGAGCUGUCCCUGCUGGAGAAGCCGAGGCUGGAGACCACAGGAUGUGUGGAGACCAGCAAUAUCCAGUUGGAAGAGGAGUCCUCGUCACCGCCUACAGACAUCUACCCCUACUCCGAUGGCGAGUGGCCCUCCCAGACCAGCCUUUCGUCAGAAGGGCUAACAUCCCCUAAGAGUGACUCGGAGCUGGAGGUGAAGACCCCGGAGCCCAGCCCCCUGAGAGCUGAGUCGCACAUGCAGUGGGCCUGGGGGAGGCUGCCUAAGGUGGCCAAAGCUGAGAGGCCCAUGUCCUCGAUGGUCCCCGAUGGCAGCACUGGAGCAGCCUCAGCUCAGGGAGAGCCCAGCACCCCUGACCUUCGGCCUGACACGGAGGUGCCCACUCUGAUGGGUCCCCCUCUCCCUGCCCCCGAGAGAGAAAAAAACAAGACUCAGAGAUCCGGGGAUGCGGGUCUCUCUCCUGCCUCAAAAUCAUGGAGCUGGGCUGCUCUGGAGGGUCCGGCUCCCACAGGGCCGCCAGAGGGGUUCUCCAGGAGGAAAGGCUCCCUGAAGAGAAGCCAGCACCUGGGCCCCAGUGACAUCUACCUGGAUGACUUGUCCUCUCUGGACUCUGAGAAUGCAGCCCUUUACUUCCCCAAGAGUGACUGUGGGCUGGGGCCCAGGAGGUGGAGUGAACCUGGUAGCCAGAAGCCAAUGGGGGACCCCAACCCCGAACAGGAACCAGAACCCACUCCGGACACAGUGGACACGAUAGUGCUGUCUCUCUGUGGAGGACUGGCUGACAGCCGGGACAUUUCCCUGGAGAAGUUCAACAGGCACAUAGUCUCCUACCAGGACCUCGUCCAAAACCCUGGCCUCUUGGACGACCCAAACCUGGUGGUGAAAAUCAAUGAGAAGCACUAUAACUGGGCUGUGGCUGCCCCCAUGGUCCUCUCCCUCCAAGCCUUUCAGAAGAACUUGCCCAAGAGCACCGUGGACAAGCUGGAGAAGGAGAAAAUGCCCAGGAAGGGUGGGCGGUGGUGGUUUUCCUGGCGACGCAGGGACUUCCCGGCCGAGGAGAGAAGUGCCCCGAGGGAGAAGACCACAGCCAGGGAGGCACGGGGGGAGAAGACUGAUGUCCUGAGUAGCGAGGAUGACGCCCCUGAGAGCCCUGUCAUCCUUGAGGCUCCCUCCCUGCCGACCUUGCCUCCAGCCUACUCUCCUGCCUACAAGAAGUCCCUCCGCCUCUCCUCUGAUCAGAUCCGGCAGUUGAACCUGCAAGAAGGUGCCAACGAUGUGGUCUUCAGCGUGACAACCCAGUACCAGGGUACCUGCCGCUGCAGGGCCACCAUCUACCUGUGGAAGUGGGAUGACAAGGUGGUCAUCUCGGACAUCGAUGGUACCAUCACCAAGUCGGACGCUCUGGGCCACAUUCUGCCCCAGCUGGGGAAAGACUGGACGCACCAGGGCAUCACGAGUCUCUACCACAAAAUCCACCUCAACGGGUACAAGUUCCUGUACUGCUCAGCGCGGGCCAUUGGCAUGGCUGACCUCACCAAGGGGUACCUGCAGUGGGUGACCGAGCGGGGCUGCGGCCUCCCUAAGGGCCCCAUCCUGCUAUCUCCCAGCAGCCUCUUCUCCGCCCUGCACAGGGAGGUGAUUGAGAAGAAGCCAGAGGUGUUCAAGAUUGCCUGCCUGAGCGACAUCCAGCAGUUGUUUCUGCCCCACGGACAGCCCUUCUACGCCGCCUUUGGGAACAGACCCAAUGACGUCACUGCCUACCGGCAGGUGGGCCUACCUGAAUCUCGGAUCUUCACAGUCAACCCCCGGGGAGAGCUCAUCCAGGAGCCCAUGAAGAACCACAAAUCCACGUACAAGCGGCUCAGCGAGGUGGUUGAGCUCCUCUUCCCGCCCUUGGACCGUGGCCCCAGCACAGACCUGGCCAACCCUGAAUACAGCAGCUUCUGCUACUGGCGGGAGCCACUGACCACUGUGGACCUUGACACCCUGGCCUGACACCCCUUCCUCCCUGGCCUGGCCCAGAACUGACUGGGAAUCCCAGGACAUCGGGCGUUGGAAGCUGGGUGCCACAGGACCAACCGGACGCGGAGGAAGGGGAGAUGAGGGCUGGUUGGCAACCUCUCUCCUCCCUAUCCUGUCUCUUGCCUCUGCCAGCGGAGCUGCAGGGGGUGGGGCAGCUGUUCCCGGCCUCAGCUGGCCUGUGGCAAUGAAAUGGCUGUCACCUGG